GUAUGUCAAGUUGAGAGACAACUAAAGCCAUCCAGCACACCAGGAGAGCCCAUGCCUCUCUUCCUGCCUCUCCUCCUUCUGUGGAUGCGGAAGUGAUCAGACAAGAAACACGUACAGUUAAGGAGAAGAUGACCAUGUUCUUUAAAACACUUCGAAAUCACUGGAAGAAAACUACAGCUGGGCUCUGCCUGCUGACAUGGGGAGGCCAUUGGCUCUAUGGAAAACACUGUGAUAACUUGCUAAGAAGAGCAGCCUGCCAGGAAGCUCAGGUGUUUGGCAACCAGCUCAUUCCUCCCAAUGCCCAAGUGAGGAAAGCCACCGUCUUCCUUAAUCCUGCAGCUGGCCAAGGCAAAGCCAGAACUCUGUUUGAAAAAAAUGCUGCCCCAAUUUUACAUUUAUCUGGCAUGGACGUGACUGUGGUUAAGACCGAUUAUGAGGGGCAAGCCAAGAAACUUCUGGAGCUGAUGGAGAGCACAGAUGUGAUCAUUGUUGCUGGAGGAGAUGGGACACUGCAGGAGGUUGUUACUGGACUUCUUCGAAGAACAGAUGAGGCCACCUUCAGUAAGAUUCCCAUUGGAUUUAUCCCGCUGGGACAGACCAGUAGUUUGAGUCAUACCCUCUUUGCCGAAAGUGGAAACAAAGUCCAACAUAUUACUGACGCCACACUUGCCAUUGUGAAAGGGGAGACAGUUCCACUAGAUGUCUUGCAGAUCAAGGGUGAGAAGGACCAACCUGUGUUUGCAAUGACUGGCCUUCGAUGGGGAUCCUUCAGAGAUGCUGGCGUCAAAGUUAGCAAGUACUGGUACCUUGGGCCACUAAAAAUCAAAGCAGCCCACUUUCUCAGCACUCUUCAGGAGUGGCCCCAGACUCAUCAGGCCUCCAUCUCCUACACAGGACCUACGGAGAGGCUUCCCAGUGGGCCUGAAGAGACCCCUCCCCGGCCUUCUCUGUACAGGAGAAUAUUACGCAGGCUUGCCUCAUUCUGGGCACAACCACAGGAUGCCCUCUCCCGAGAGGUGAACACAGAGGUCUGGAAAGAUGUACAGUUGUCCACUAUUGAGCUGUCCAUCACAACUCGGAAUAGCCAGCUUGACCUGAUGAGCAAAGAGGACUUUAUGAACAUUUGCAUUGAACCUGACACUGUCAGCAAAGGAGAUUUCAUAACCAUAGGAAGUCGGAAGGUGAGAGACCCUGAGCUGCAUGCGGCUGGCACCGAGUGUCUCCAAGCCAGCUGCUGCACUCUGCUACUUCCUGAGGGAACAGAGGGCUCCUUCAGCAUUGACAGCGAAGAGUAUGAAGCAAUGCCCGUAGAGGUGAAACUGCUGCCCAGGAAACUGCAGUUCUUCUGUGACCCAAGGAAGAGGGAGCAGAUGCUGCAGUGUGCAUCGCAGUGAGCACAGAGAAGUGAGGGGCACUCCCACGCUGCACUUUAAGCCACCAGUGGGACCAAAAGGGAAUGGGUGCCUCAUCUGACCCACAGUGUCGUCAGAGGAUCCCAAGGGAAGUUUCAUGGCAAGAACCCCUAACCUCUUCUGCAGUGCUUCCCAGAGCAUACCCUGUCACUUGACCAGUGAUCAGUGUUCUCUUAACCCAUGCUUUCCUUGUAUGACAGUUGACCCCUCCUACCUAGUGGUUUUCUGAGGCUGGUUCAAAGAAGUUUUCAUACUCUGUGGUAGGAAAAGGCUGGAAUUCUGUGAUGGCCCCAGAACAUGCCACAGUGGAGAGUAGAGCCCUUAGACUAAGCUUAUCUGUUCCUGUUUUGUUCUCUGACCAUCCUGGGGAUCCCAAAGGGAGCAACUGCCUUCUUUGGGUGCCUUUCCCUGUUUCUGGGCUCCCCCAUGGGUGCUGCUACUUUGUGAGUUGUUGUUUUGGCUUGUCCUCAAAAAGCGAAUGUGAGGUGGUUCUCUGUUCAGCUAUGGCUAAAGCAUUGUAAAAUGCUAAUUUUUUAGCUCCUGCUGCUUGCUUUGCAUGUGUACAUCCGAGAUGCAUGCUGAAAACUGACCUGCGACCCACCUUGUAACUCAACCUGGCAUCGAGCUAGGAACUUGCAUUUUAAAAGGCUACCUUCCCCAGGUAAAUCUACCUUACCUGGAGAAACUGUUUUAAACCAGUAUUCCAUAAACUGUUUUCCCCAAAUACGUAUCAUACCCCUCAUGUUGAUAUCUAAACUUUGUCAUGGAAAGUUAACUAGUUGCCAGUGUACUCUAGUGUCAUGUAAAUAUUGAUGUUUAAAAAUAAAAACUGUUGCAUCACUCUUUUAAACAUA